GGGUAAGAAACUUUCAGAUACGUGAAAAUCUACCUAAAUUUAGUCGCAAACGAGAACAACAAAUUGCCGUAAUAAAACGAGGAUUAGCAAUUUGCAAUCAAGGGCCUAAGAAGAACAUCUGUACGUCUGAACAGCAAACAGGACAGUCCAAAGUUAGUUGGUCACAACUGCGCACACGGUACUUGCUCAAUUUUUAACUAUCAAGACAAAAUGGAUGAGGACGGCUUAGUGGAUCUGGAGUUGCUUAGUCAGGACAGUCCCUCGGAAGGGUCUGAGACCAAUGCGACAACAGAAGGAUUUGAGGUGCUAUCUACUGAGAGCAAUGAAAAUAACUACCAAAAAGUGAAAUCAAUAUUGGAUAAAGCCUCGAAAAUAAUCAAGUCGAAGGAUAAUCAAAUUGAUAAUCUUAUCACGGCCUUAAAUAAAAGCCCAGAUCUGAAAAAAAUCUUAGAAAACAGCCCCAGAGACCUGUCAGAUACAGAAAAAAUUACAUCUGAUCAACUUCAAGUGACAACUGCUCUCUUAGAUUCCGCGAUUUUGCUAGUAAAGAGCCUUGAAGCUCAAAAUCAUGAAUUUAAGGACCGAUUGGAGGAGCUAAGUAAUAUUAAGGAUGAACUCAAUCAAGCUAAGGUUCUUCUGGAAAUGUCCGAAGAAAAAGUGGAAAAUCUUGAAAUUGAAAAACAAGAAGCAGAGGAGCUAUUGGCAGCGAAAGACGAAGUCAUUAAAAAUUACGAGUCGAGAAUUAAAAGAUUUAAAAUUGAUCCCGAAGACCAAGAUAAAGUGGAGCACCCCACAAAAGAAGUAGUAAGGAUCGCUGGUUUUCCUCCCAAGGUGUUCGAGGUGGAAAAUAAUGUAGCUGGGCCUGGAUGGAAAAUUAUACGUCGUUUUACAAAUAAAACCGGAACACUUAAACUCGAAUUUGAUGUUUGUGAAGACUUUUUGGCUGAUUUGACCAAUGAGAAGCGACAUCAGCUUUACGUUUACUUGGUUGAUAAGGAUGAAAACACUUCAUAUGCUCUUUAUGAUAACUUUGCUCUUCAUCCAUGGUCUGAAAUUAUUCACAAUUGGUUAAUUAAAUCUAUGGAUCUUCUUGAAACCUCAAUGAAUCUAUAUGGUAACUUUGAAGGAAAAACACUGCAGAGUUUAGAUCAAAGUUUCAUUCAUGACUGCAAAUUAUACCAACUGAUGAUAAAGGAAAAACAAAAAUAAAUGUAAUUCCAAUAAUUUUUCUUCCAAAAGAGUCAAUAAAAAUGUUAAUUGAAC